UGUACUUAAUGGUCUGAGUGUAACACUCGUUUGUGCACAAUGAAUUUUAGAAAUAGCAAGAUCAAAUAAAAAUACACAAUCUGGCCAAAAUUCAUGCGGGAAUAUUCAUGAACCCAUGAACACAGACAAAAUGAUGAAGAAUAAAAAUGUGUGAAAAAAUGUGGCACAAGCAUCCCCAACAGUUAAUUUUAAUUUAAUUAUGGAAUAUUUACAUUGUUGGGAGUUUUCAAGGUUAUUUGUUUAUUUUUUAAAACAAACUAAUUCUUCUUUAAAGUGAGAGGGUGAAAACUGUACAGUGUGAAUACGUGAAUGUAAAGAUUCAAACUAUGAAUGAUUGACAAACAAAGUUGAGAAGCUUCUGGGUUUUCCUCCAAGUUUCCAGAAAGUUCCGGCACAGACCGGAAACUGACGCUUCGCGAGUUUUGUCAGACUGCAGUUACUAUGAACAAAAUACCGAAAGUGAUGUAGUUUUCAAAAUAAGAUAGACGCAGUUUGUUUUCGGUUGUGAGUGCGUCAAAGAAAACGGGUUAUGUUUUACUUUGAAGUAGCAAACAGGAAGUGGCACCUACCACAGAUGCAAUCUUGACGGUGCCGGAUGAGAACCGUGUAGAAGCAUCCAGAUCGUCUCCUCGCCGAUAUAAAGAGGCAGGAGCAAUGAGAGCAGAGGAGAAGAAGAAGACUACAAAGAAGAAGAAGACGACAAAGAAGAAGAAAAAGAAGAUAAAGAAGACCCCCCACUGAACUGUGACCGUCUCCAGUGACAAUGUCUGCAGCUAAAGGUGUCGCCAUCGGCAUCGACCUGGGCACCACCUACUCCUGUGUGGGGGUUUUCCAGCAUGGAAAAGUAGAAAUCAUCGCCAAUGACCAGGGCAACAGGACCACCCCCAGCUAUGUGGCCUUCACUGAUACGGAGAGGCUGAUUGGGGACGCAGCUAAGAACCAGGUGGCUCUGAACCCCAGUAACACUGUGUUUGACGCAAAGAGACUGAUUGGAAGAAAGUUUGAGGAUGCAGUGGUGCAGGCUGACAUGAAGCACUGGCCUUUCAAGGUGGUUUCAGAUGGAGGGAAGCCCAAAAUCCAGGUGGAGUACAAAGGGGAGGACAAAGCUUUUUAUCCUGAGGAGAUUUCCUCCAUGGUCCUCGCGAAAAUGAAGGAGGUCGCCGAGUCAUACCUCGGCCACAAGGUGUCCAGCGCCGUCGUCACCGUCCCGGCGUACUUCAACGACUCCCAGCGACAGGCGACUAAAGAUGCAGGCAUCAUCGCAGGACUGAACGUCCUGAGAGUCAUCAACGAGCCUACGGCAGCUGCCAUCGCGUACGGUCUGGACAAAGGCAAGACUGGAGAACGUAACGUCCUGAUCUUCGACCUGGGUGGCGGCACCUUUGACGUGUCUGUCCUGGCGAUUGAUAACGGCAUCUUUGAGGUCAAAGCCACGGCUGGAGACACUCACCUGGGGGGAGAAGACUUUGACAAUCGCAUGGUCAACCACUUUGUGGAGGAGUUCAAGAGGAAACACAGGAAGGACAUCAGCCAGAACAAGAGAGCUCUGAGGAGGCUGCAUACAGCAUGUGAAAGAGCUAAGAGGACCUUGUCCUCCAGCUCCCAGGCCAGCAUUGAGAUCGAUUCACUGUUUGAAGGUGUCGACCUCUACACCUCCAUCACCAGAGCUCGUUUUGAGGAGCUAUGUGCCGACCUGUUCAGGGGAACACUGGAGCCGGUGGAGAAGGCCCUGAGGGACGCCAAAAUGGACAAAGCACAGAUUCACGACAUCGUCCUGGUGGGAGGUUCCACCCGAAUCCCCAGAAUCCAAAAACUGUUGCAGGAUUUCUUCAACGGCAAGGAACUGAACAAGAGCAUCAACCCAGACGAGGCGGUGGCCUACGGUGCUGCCAUCCAGGCUGCUGUUCUCACAGGUGAUACCUCAGACAACAUUCAGGACCUGCUGCUGCUGGACGUGGCACCGCUUUCCCUGGGAAUCGAGACAGCCGGAGGAGUCAUGACAUCUCUGAUUAAACGCAACACCACAAUCCCCACUAAAUGUUCCCAGGUCUUCACAACCUACUCAGACAACCAGCCCGCGGUCCUCAUCCAGGUGUACGAAGGUGAAAGAGCCAUGACCAAGGACAACAACCUGCUGGGCAAGUUUGAGCUCACAGGAAUCCCACCUGCUUCACGAGGGAUCCCACAGAUCGAGGUCACCUUUGACGUCGACUCCAACGGCAUUUUAAACGUGUUGGCUGUGGACAAAAGCACCGGCAAAGAGAACAAGAUCACCAUCACCAACGACAAGGGCCGACUGAGCGGAGAAGACAUCGAGAGGAUGGUGCAGGAUGCUGAAAAAUACAAAGCGGAGGACGAGCUCCAGAGAGACAAGAUCUCCGCUAAGAACUCCCUGGAGUCCUACGCCUUCAGCAUGAAGAGCAGCAUGCAGGACGAGAGACUGAAGGCCAAAAUUAGUGAGGAGGACCAGAAGAAGGUGACUGAGAAGUGUGAUGAGGUCAUCGCCUGGCUGGAGAACAACCAGCUGGCUGAGAAAGACGAGUUCCAACACAGGCAGAAAGAGCUGGAGAAGGUGUGUCAGGCCAUCAUCACUAACAUGUACCAGGGAGGACAGCCUGCAGGGGGCUGCAGAGAGCAGGCACGAGGCGGCUUCCAGGGGCCCACUGUUGAGGAGGUGGACUAAACCGGUCCCUGAAUGCCAACUGUUGCUUUACUGUAAAUAAUAUUCCAUCUUCACCAUCACUGCUGUGCUUUGUAAUGUUUCUUUGUUUUGGUGAAUAAAUGUCUUUUUACAUAUGAUGUAGAAAUGUUGAAAAAUCCUGUGAAUGUAAAUACAUUCUGGAAAUUAAAUAAAGGAGAAAAUGGAA